AUGGCCGAGUACUUACACGUGUUGGAAAAAUGUCAACAAGACGACAGUGUAAAACGCGAGUACUAUCUGGAACAUCAGAGUUACAACAACUCGUACGAACACAACGAUGAAAUCCGUAUCGAGGUGCGCAACAAGGAGAAAUUCACCGUGCCGUGCGAAAGUUAUUUGCAAAUCGAAGGAAAACUUGAAAAACCACCAGCUGGAACAGCCGGUGAAAUGGUUAUGGGGCAAAAUUUUCUCAUGCACCUAUUCGAUGAAAUCAGAUUUGAGGUAAAUGGUAAAGAAGUAGACAAGAUAAAAUACGUUGGUAUGGCUACAACCAUCAAGGGAUAUUGUUCAUUCACACCCAACGACAUUCGACGAUUACAACCUGCCGGAUGGAAAUACGCGCAAAUUUUGCACAACAACAACGAUUUCGUCGAUGGGACUGAAUUUGUAGCGCAAUGUCCAUUAUCUAUGUGCAUGGGAUUUUUCGAACGGUAUCGGCGCACACUGAUAAACUGUACUCAGACUCUCGUGUUGAAUAGAUCGAGUACCGACAGCACUGUCGUAUCAUUGGUUCCACAGACAACAACAACAACAACAGACGAUAAAGCGCAAGUUGCAACAUUGAUAAAACAAAUCAACGUGAAAAUAUCGAAAAUCAAAUGGGUAGUAAAGUACUUUGAACCCAGCGUGAAAACUGAACUGGGUCUGAUGCGUAUUCUGGACAGCAAGAAAUGGCUCCCGUUAGAAUUUCAACACUGGGACGUUGCCGUUUACCCGUUGGUACCACAGACAACUCAUCACACGUGGUCGGUGCGCACCUAUUCGAAUGUGGAAAAACCUAGAUAUUUACUUAUUGUCAUGGGUGAUGAGGACGAACACGUUCUCGGAGAUUUCAAUCACUGUUCAUUGAGAAACGUCAAAGCGUAUCUCAACGCUGAUGAAUACCCGUACGAAAACCAAAACGCCGAUUUCGACAACAACAAGAUGGAGGAAGAAUAA